UUCCCAGUAGGCUGUGCCGAUAGAUUCAUAGUCACAUUCAAACUCACCAAUAUUACCGCACAAACUCUCUCACAAUCGAAUUCAAAAUGAGCUUCAUCCAUAGACCAGACAAUAUUUUUGUUGAUCUCAACGAGGAUGUACUGCGAGCAACGGACGUUUUGACCCAAAAGGGUCCAGAGAAGCACAUCCGUGGCGACUCGGAUCUAAUCGAUUGGGUUCGAUCGCAGGCAUAUUUCGACCUGACUACCUACAUAAGCAAUACUAGCCUUGCCGUUCAGGGCUAUCGUUUGACCGGGAGCUUUCCCGUAUCGGAGGAGAUGAAACGACUGUGCAAUAUGUUUGAUAUGCUGGAGCGUCCCUUAAAUAAGCAAACAGAUACAUCAGCGGCAUCGACACCCGAAGUAAAAAAUGUCUCCUAUAGAUCGUGGUUAAAGAAAAUGUUCCACAUAGUGCUGGAACAGCUGGCGGGAACCAUUAGCUCGCAGAAGUGCAAUCACAUUUAUGAGCUGGGGGAGUACCUUAGACGCGCCUUUGGCAAUCCCACAACUCUUGAUUAUGGCCCCGGUAACGAGUUGAUGUUUCUCUUUUUCCUCUGCGGUCUAUUUCGAGCUAAGAUUCUAAAGGGCAGCGACACCGUGGCCGCCGCCCUAAUGCUUUCCUAUCGCUACAUACACCUGGUGCGCCGCCUGAUCGCAAUCUAUGAACUGCCCAAGGUCAGCAACCCGAGGUCCGUUAUUGAAGACUACUUCUUUGUGCCCUACCUUUGGGGUGUUGCACAAUUGUGCAUCAAGGCGCCAUUCUCUCCGAAACAGUGCGAUCGGACAAAGGAGGUUGAGAGUUACCGGCAUGACUAUAUGCUGGUGAACUUGAUCGAGAAUCUGCCGGACAAAAGCGGACCACUGAGCUACCAUGCCUUCCAGCUGUGGUGCCUCCUGUCCGUGCCGACAUGGCCAGAGGUGUACCGUGGACUCGAGCGUUGCUAUCUAAAUCACAUUUUGUCCUCAUUCCAUACCGUUGAGAUUGCAAUUUUCUGGGAAUUAAUGUCCUUUGAUCCAAUCCCCGUGUUAAGGCUUUUGCAUCGCCCUGUCAUGGGUAAGCGCCACCCGAGGGGUCAAGAUAUUGGAGAUGAUGAGGAUCGGGACCGGAAAUCGGAACAGCCUAAAGAAUGGAGCGAAACCUCUUGGCCCGUCCGUACAUAUUCCAGUUUGAAUCUAUUCACAGGCUUCCAGAAACAAACAAAGGGAUCUGAUGAUGAAUUGGAUGAGGACGAGAGCGGUGAUCGCCUAGCGAUGUUGCAUCCGAGGACCGAGGGUGCAGCUGCUUCCGCGAAUAUGAAUUCGGCUAGAGAUAGUGAUUCCUCUAAUACUAAUUCCGCAGAAGCCAAAUUUUAUAUGGGAGAUUAGAAUACAAUCAGUUAAUUAUAUAUUAUAUGGAAUUAUAUAGAUAAAACGGUUAAGAGCU